GCAAAGUAACCCGCCCGCUUGCUUCCUUCGGCCUGUAGGAAGCGGAUCGGGGCUCGCCGCUGUUGGAAUGCCACCACUGGGGCUUUGGGGCGUGGGAGGAAAGGCAAAGGGGAGGAAUCGGUCUCUGCCCUCCCUCUCCCGUUAGUGCAGAUCGGCUAGAGGCUGGGGGUCUUGCUUUGGAGAGGUGUGUGGGUGAUAGGGAAUGGAAAAUGCCUGGAGAUUUGGAGAUAGUGCCUGAGAAGGGUAGGGUUUUUGGCGGGGUGGAGGACCUCGGUGGGGUAUAAUAUUCCCUAAAGUCCACCCUCCACAGCAGUCAUUUCCUCCAGGGGAACUGAUCUCUGUAGCCUGGUUGUAAUUCUGAGAGAUCUCCACCCCCCGCCAGGAGGUUGGCAACCACAGUGGGUAGCUUGAUCAUGUUCGAAACAGCCUAUUGCUUUUCUUCAGAUGUGAGAGUGGAAGACCUGUUCUCUUUCUGGUCGAAUUGCCCAUCUUUCUCUAACCCCUUCUUUCCCCUGUGUGAGCCAGGCUUGGUGUGAGAUCGUUGCCCCCCACCCCAGAUUGCAGCUUCAGGCCUAGCGUGGGAUGGGGUGGGGGUUGCCCGUCCCCCACCAGGCUCCCAGAUGGGCUAGCAAAGCCAAAGAGCAGGGCAGCAGAAAGGCCCGAUCCUCAAAGCAACCAGGCUUCGAGCCUUCCACUUCUCUGGUGGCAUUGAGCAAGCUGUGGGGAACCAUCCAUGGUGCAGCUCCUAGCCCUGGUGUGGCGGAGGCUGCUGCGGAAGCGCUGGGUCCUGGGCGUCAUCUUUGGCCUCUCCCUCAUCUACUUCCUCAGUAGCACCUUCAAGCAGGAAGAAAGAGCCGUCCGAGAUCGGAAUCUCCUCCAGGUGCAAAAUGAAGACCAUCCCCUUGCAUGGAAAGUGCAGUUUCAUUCAGGGAACAGCAGCCAGCCGAGCAACCAAUGUCGAAAUUCCGUCCAAGGGAAACUCCUCAUUACAGAUGACCUGGGCUACAUCUGCGAAAGGAGGCACUUGCUGGUGAACGGCUGUUGCAACGUUGAUGCCCCCAGCACAAAGCUGUACAGCUGUGACACUUGCCUCCCCAAUGGCUGCUGCAGUGUGUAUGAGGCAUGUGUCUCCUGCUGCUUGCAGCCCAACAAGCAACGCCUCUUGGAACGUUUUCUGAACCGAGCAGCUGUUGCCUUCCGGAACCUGUUCAUGGCAGUGGAAGAUCACUUCGAAUUAUGCUUGGCCAAGUGUAGGACCUCAUCACAGAGUGUGCAGCAUGAAAACACCUACCGUGACCCCAUUGCAAAAUACUGCUAUGGCGAGUAUCCUCCAGAGCUCCUGCCUGUGUGAAAGCGGCGAGAAACUGGAGGCGAUGCGGCGGGAGGCUGAAGAUGCAGCAAGCAGGAGAGCAAAAUCACCACGGCUUGUGUGAGCCUUUGGCUUUAGAUCCUCCUGCUACAGUUUGCAAGAAUUCCCACCAAGAACUGCAUCCUUUUAACUGCCUGCGGGCAUCUCCCUGCAGUUACAAAAUGUGCGGAGAGCGAUGGAAACCUUUCCGGUACGGAACCAGGCUCUGAAGACUGGGCCCAGGCUGUUGAGCCCCAUGUUAAAAUGAGCAUGCUGAAGUUGAAACGUCUAGCUCUGUAGAUCACGAACCUUCUGGAUCCUGUUAUGAAGAAUGAUUUCUACUCCACUACAUGGGCAAACACCCCCUGGCUCUUGGUGGGGGGGGGCGGCGGGACUUGCGUUGCACCUGUGACAUGACCCCUUUUAUGUAAAUAUGAUUUAUUUAUUGAGGAUCCCACAGAAGUUUGCAUUGGCUCCAAUGGACUCUGAUGGUUCCUGAAGCAGAAAGGCAUCGUCGGUGGACUGUGUUGGAAUAAGGCGCCCAAUUUAUUUUGUUUUAAUCGGGUUGUUUUACUGGAUUGCUCUUCCAUCUUGUCCUGCAAGCUUGCUGCACCCAUGGGUUUCAUUCAUGGUCUGAUGCUUUGGUGUAACCUCCCUUUAAAAUGAUUGAGGGGGUGCCAACCAAGUAGGGUUGUCCUCUCUAGGAGGGGCCUGGAAUUCUCCCAGAAGUAGAACUAAUCAGACUACAGAGAUCAGUUCCCCUGGAGGAACUGAGAGGCUUCAGAGAGAAGACUCUCUGGCAUCACAUCCCUGUUGAGCUCCCUCCCUUCUUCAAACUCCACCCUCUCCUCGCACCACCCCAAAUCUCCAGGAAUUUCCCAAGCUUGAAUUGGCAACCCUGCAACCAAGGUGUGGCAUACAGCAUCCUUCCCUCCCACCCGCCCCGUUUCACAUAAUCUCUGGACUUUGAACUUGCUGCUUCCAAAUGGAGCGGAUAACUAGUUCCUCUACUGGUGGACAAUCUUGGGAUUUAAUAAUGAAGACUAUUACAAAUUUGGCAGAAGAAGCUCUUCCCGAGACUGUCUGGACUGCCAGUGCAUUCAUGAGGCAGGAAGUUGUGGUUUGCAGCCAUUCGCCAAUCCUGAGCAGGAAGGAAAAGGCAGCCAAUGAGCCACCAUGUCUUGCUGCUCCAGGUGUGCUCGGUUUGCAACUGUGUUACCUUUUAAGGAUGUAGCCCCUCCACUCCCAGCACACCAGUCGCUACUCUUGCAAGGGGUCAGCUGCGGAUCUGGGCAGGGCCUGCUGCAGGUUCUGGACUAGCUGGAGAAAUCUCUAGCUGCGGAAUGCUUUAAUGUUAGUGGUGGAACUCUCAUCUUUUCUUCCAAGGGCAUGUUUGUAUAUUCUUAAGCAGCUCUUGAUGUACUUCCUCUGUUCUGAAAAAAGAAUGUAUCUGAAGUCCCUCAGAGCUGGGGGACACGCACUGGUCUCCUAGUUGCUGCUGUGCUAGGCAGAAAACCAGAGGUUUUUUGGAGACCUGAAAGUCUAACUUUCCUUCUCCAUUAUGGUGCACAAAUCCAAAAUACACUCCUUCACAAACUGA